AGCAGUAUUACACUGGGCAGCAGCGUUCAUUUUCAUUUGCAAGAUUAAGGAGAAGAUAUGACAAGUGGCAAACCAUGCAGGAAAGGUUAUCUGCGUUUAGUUUGGGGGCGAUUAUCGACUAUCAGCUUGUCAGAAGUGAGACGAUGGUGGCUAAGAAGAAUCCCUAUACUGGAGUGGGCUCCCCGGUAUAAACUACAGGAAAACUUCAUUCCAGACCUUAUCACAGGGAUGAUGCUGUCUGUCCAGCAGGUGGCACAAGGUCUUGCCUUUGCAGUGAUGUCAUCAGUUCACCCUGUGUUUGGCUUGUAUGGCUCUUUCUUUUCCCCGUUGAUAUAUGCCUUUUUUGGGAUGGGUCGUCACGUUUUUACAGGCACUUUUGCUAUCACAUCCCUGAUCUCUUGUGCAGCCGUUGAGCGGCUUGUUCCACUAAACAGCAACAACGUCACCAAUGCCUCGCUGGAUGAUAUGGGUUUAUCUGACUUUGAAAUGCAAAGAAUAGGAGUCGCUGCAGCUGUCACAUUCCUUGGCGGGGUCAUCCAAAUGUCCAUGUUUUUGCUGAAUUUGGGCUGUACAACCAUCCUGUUAUCAGAACCGGUAGUUAGUGCAAUGACAACGGGCGCAGCCACUCAUGUGGUGACGUCACAAGUAAAGUUCCUGCUAGGAAUGAAGAUGCCAUAUAUAUCAGGACCAUUAGGAAUGUUCCAUAUUUAUAUCUAUAUUUUUAAAAACAUCAAUCUGGCUCAUAUAGGAGCUUUGCUUUUAUCCAUUGUCUCCCUGGUGGUGCUGAUUCUGACAAAGGAGCUCAAUGAAAAGUUCAAAAGUAAAAUCAGAUUUGUUAUCCCCAUUGACCUGGCACUGAUAAUUUCGGCUUCUCUUGCUUGUUACUUUGCUGAUAUGUCCAAAACUUAUGGAUUUGAUGUCAUUGGACCUAUUCCAAAAGGAAUACCCCUUCCAAAGGUACCACCAAUGGACACCUUACAGCAUGUUGUUGUGGAAGCAUUUGGGGUGGCUAUAGUUGGAUAUGCGGUGUCUAUAUUUCUUGCCUACAACUCAUCAAAGAAGUUUAAAUACCCUGUUUGUGAAAAUCAGGAACUCUUGGCUCAUGGACUCAGCAAUAUUAUUCCAUCAUUUUUCUUUUGCAUUCCAAAUUCAGGAGCCCCAGUCCGAUCUUUUCUAUCAUACAGCGUUGGAUCGAAAACCCAGGUGGCCUCUCUGAUAUCAUGUGCAUUGGUCCUGUUCGUCAUUUAUUUUGUAGCACCACUCUUAUACUGGCUACCUAUGUGUGUCCUGGCAGCUAUAAUUGUUGUGGGGCUGAAAGGCAUGCUCAUACAGUUUAGAGAUUUAAAGAAAUACUGGAAUGUUGAUAAAUUUGACUGGGUGAUCUGGAUUUGCACUUAUCUGGUUACAAUCUGUUUUGCCGCGAAUAUUGGUCUCUUAUUUGGAGUUGUAUUUAGCAUAGCAGUUGGAGUGCUUAGAUUAACCAGAGCAAAGAUACUGCGUGUAGUAAAUAUGCAUGAAGAAUAUAGCACGGAGACUGAAGACAAGCAUUCGGAGGUAAAAGUUAUCUCUGUUGGGGCACCACUCGUCUUUCUCAAUGCCAAGAGAUUCCACAAGGACGUCUUGGAGAUGAACCGUAAAUUUGUAACAAGAAGAGAUUCCUGUAUGCAUACAAAUGGAGCUUUACUAAUGACAACACCCAAAGGAUUUUACAAUGGACAAUUUCAGCACAAUGGAAGUUUCAACACCACCUUGAUCUUGGACUGCAGUGGGGUCCCAUUUCUGGACUACACAGGAGUGACUACCCUCACCCAGAUGUCCCAGGAUCUAAGAGAAUAUGACACGGCUGUAUUAUUCUCAGGCUGCAGCGGUGAGUCAGGUCCAUCAUGUGGGGAAGUGACUCAUCUCUACUCCUAUACAAUGCUCAAUGGUUUCUGUUUUAUUAUUUCAGCGUCACUAGUCAAGGCCCUAAAGUUCUGCGGCUCAAAACACGAACAUUUCUUCACUACAGUAAAAGCUGCGCUUGAUGCCCUGAAAGUAAAAACGAGCAGUGGAUCCUCUUUGGAAGUUCUUGAGUCAUCUGAUGCAUAGGACCAGAUUUGGAGAAGCAAUGGACAAUAUUUAUUUGUGUUUUUCUGCUGGGUGAAUAUGAAGAACGCGGCCUAUUCUUCAUUACUCUUCCUUUGAUAUGACUUGUAAAGUGGACUUUCAGUAGAAGGCAUGAGCUUUAUGGUGAUGUACUAUGUAAUAUCCUAACAUCGUCACAUCGCAUCUUCAGAUAAACGUUAUACAAUAUAGACAAGGCGGCCAGUACGUAAGGACGUGGGUCUCAUGGGAAAAGUUUAAUAAUUUUUCAAGGAGUUAAAAGGGUUUUCCAGGAUUUUUUUCUCUGGAUAGGUCAUCAGUAUCUAAUUAGUUGGGGUCUGACACUGGGGACCCCCGCCGAUCAGCUGUUUUGAGAAGGCCUUGCUUGGUUUUGCUCCUAAGCCAUGUGACACAUGAACGUGUCGUCAGUCGGCCUAGGAAAAUCAUAGAGAAGGCAGACCCCCACCGAUCAGAUACUGAUAACCUAUCUUUAGGAAAGGUCAUCAGUAUAAAAAUCCUGUAAAACCCCUUUUCAUGUAUAUUCAUGACCUAUCCUCAAGAUACAUCAUCAGUAUCUGAUAGGUAGGGGUCUGACUCCUGCACCACUGCCGAUCAACUGUUGGAUAAGAUCAUGUUGCUCAGUUGAGCCUUGUGGACCAUUCUUGGUAUAUUUAGGAGAGGCCACAGUUCUAGUCCAAACACUGGGGCCACUUAAAACAGCUUAUCAAUGGGGGGUGCUGGGAUUGGUGACCAAUCCUGAGGAUAGGUCAGCAAUAUUAAAUUCCCUGAAAACCCCUUUAUAUUAGCGCUACUUUCUGGCAAUGGUUAACACCACCACGUCUCUAACCACAGGGAAGAGGACUUGCAACUUUUUGUCCCCGUAAUUCCAUGAUUCCACAUCCUCGUUUGCUUGCAUUGUAAAGCCUGUGGAGACGGAAUCCUUGCACAAGUUCUCACUAUCCAUUAAAGUGGUUGUCCAACCUAUUCAAAAAGCUUUAUCACAUUUAAGAGCACUGGGGACCCUUUUAAUAAGACAAACAACCCCUUUAACAAAUUAGCUCUCUCUCUGCCUCCCUGUAAUGCACGCUCUUUAAGGCAGCUAAAGAAUUGUACAGUAUAUUUCCUUUAUAGAAAGAACUGCUGCACCUUACAUCACCCCCUGCCGGUGACUUGAGCUAAUACACACAGCUUGUAUUAGUCAUACAUUACUGCCAGUUGCACUAAUGUGGAAAUCUCUUAAUGGCCUCAUUGCAUAAGACAACAGCAAUGGUGGAACUAUAG